AUGCAAUUCACUGACGAAGAAGCUGAGCGGGUGAAGUCAUGGGUUGUGAGGAAACUGGAAGACAUCUCCGAUGCGGAUUCCGAUGUUCUUGCCGACUAUGUCCUUGCGCUCAUCAGAACUGAUGCCCCAGACGAAGAAAUUCGAAAAGCCUCCGUAGAAAACCUGGAGGACUUUUUACGAGAGAAUACUGCCUCGUUUGUUGAGGAUUUAUUCAGCUUCUUGAAGCUGGGUCUUCCCGCCCCUCCACCUCAACACACCUUCUCCCCAGCCGCCCAGCCAUUCAACCCUCCCUCCGGCCCAAGAAACGACUUCAACAACCGAAAACGGUCAUAUAAUGAGGGAUUCCAAGGCGAUCAGGAUCGCGACGAUGGCGCGUUCCAGAACCGCCAGUUUAAGACCCCGCGACGGGGCCGCGGUGGUGGCCGCGGUGAUUGGAUGGGCGGCGGUCACAUGCAGCAAGGUCAAUUCCCCGGGCAGCAGGGUGGAUUUCCCAUGAUGCCCGGAUUCCCUGGCUUCGAUCAAAAUGAUCCGAUGGCCGCUAUGAUGGCGAUGCAGGGAAUGCAAGGAAUGGGUUUCCCGCAAAUGCCCGGAGGCAUGCCUAUGCCAGGGAUGCCUGGCCAACCGGACAUGGAAAACCUCGCCAACCAGAGCUGUCCUUUCUACGAGACGCAGGGCAUCUGUUAUAUGGGUGCAGCCUGUCCAUACAAGCAUGGUGCUCCAGGCAAGAAUGAUGAAUACGAUCCCAAAGCCGCGACUUUUAUGGCGAGAGAUAAUGAGUCUUUCCGCGGUGAUCGAGGCCGCGGUCGUGGGCGCGGUGGGCAUAGCGGGCGAGGAGGACGUGGCCGGUCCGACUUCUCUUCUGCUGGUCCCAACGAAGACCGUUCGAUCACAACUAUUGUGGUUGAGCAAAUUCCUGAUGAAAAGUUCUCUGAGGAAGCUGUGCGCGAGUUUUUCUCCCAGUUUGGUAGUAUUACAGAGGUUACGCUACAGCCAUUCAAGAAGCUAGCUCUGGUCAAGUUUGAGACAUUCGCUGAAGCGAAACAAGCGUGGUCUAGCCCGAAAGUCAUAUUCGACAACCGGUUUGUCAAGGUUUACUGGUCCAAGCCUAAGGAUAGGAAUAGCGACGCUCAGCCUGAAGUGCCCGCGUUCAACCAAGAAGAGUUUGAGAAACAGCAGGAGGAGGCCCAAAGGCUACAUGAGGAGAAAAUGAGGAAGCGACAGGAGACUGAAAAGGCAAAGGAAGAGCUUGAGCGUCAGCGAGAUGAGCUUAUGAAGAAGCAACAAGAAGAAAAAGCACGCUUGAUGCAACGUCUAGGUGUCUCAUCUGGUAAUGGCACAGAGACAGCUGACAUCCAGACCGACACUGCCGCUGAUGAUGAGAAUGUGAGCGAUGAGACAAAGCAACUACGCGCGCAAUUGGCUGCUCUCGAGGCAGAGGCACAGACCCUUGGCCUUGAUCCCUCCAACGCGGACCCAUCGGGCCAAUUUGGCCGUGGCGGAUACCGGGGUCGUGCGGGCUACCGCGGCCGAGGUGGAUAUCGGGGACGCGGAGGCUAUGAUCCUUCAUAUCGUGGAGCAUACCGGGGUCGCGGUGGCUUUGCUCCUCGUGGACGAGGUAGUAGCGUGAUGCGUCUAGAUAACCGACCACGAAGAGUUGCGGUGACUGGCGUUGAACUCCACUCAGACAAAGACGAGGCUUUGCGUCAACAUCUAAUUGGCAUCGGCGAAUACGAGUCUAUCGAGCCAAACCCCAGCCAGUCUGACUCGGUCAUCGUGGCUUUCAAGGAGCGUUACCAAGCUGAGAAAUUCAUGUUCAGUCCUUGGAAUAUCCCAACAGUGGGAGAAGUCCAGCUCGCAUGGAUUCCUAACCCGCCAAUUACCCACCCCGCCACCACACCUUUAGAGACGAAGAACGGCUUUGGCGAGGACGAGCAGGAUACUGCUAUGGAUACCACAGACCAAGCGCCAGCUGUGAGCGCACCGCCUCCGCAACUAUCACGAGAUAUGGAUUAUGACGUUGCUGAGGAUGAUAGUUGGGGUGCAUAG